AUGCUGUUCGCUAAGCUCUUCUUCUUGCUGGUGGCCGCCUUGGCCUCCACAGUAUCUGCCCAGGCCGUUUUUGCCCAUUUCAUGGUGGGAGUGGUCCAGUCCUACAACGUUGACCUCUGGAAGAAGGACAUUCAGCUGGCCUCCGAAGCAGGAAUCGACGGCUUCGUCCUGAACAUUGCUACUCCAUACGGCAAUAUCGCCCCCCAAGUCGCAAAUGCCUUUCAGGCCGCAAACCAACUCGGCUCCAGAUUCAAGCUGCUCUUUUCCUUCGAUUACCUCGGCGGUGCGGGACCAUGGCCUGCCAAUGAGGUCAUCAACAUCCUAAAGCAGUACGGCCCAAACGCAGCUUACUACAAGUACAACGGGAAGCCGCUUGUUUCCACCUUCGAAGGAGUGAACAACAUUAACGACUGGCCGAACAUUCGCGCCUCUGUGCCUGGCGGCAUCUUCUUCCUCCCAGACUGGGCCUCGCUCGGCCCCGGUGGUUUCUCCGCCCACCUCGACAAAGUCGAUGGUGCCUUCUCCUGGGACAUGUGGCCGGAGGGCCCGAACAGCAUGACGACUGCUAGGGACCAGGAAUGGCAGAGAAUGCUCGGCUCGAAAGCCUACAUGAUGGGCGUCUCACCCUGGUUCUUCACCAAUCUCCCUGGAUAUGGCAAACAGUGGACCUGGCGUGGUGAUUCUCUGUGGUACGACCGGUGGGAGCAGGUACUAGCCCUCAAGCCCGCUUUCGUUCAGAUCGUGACCUGGAACGACUAUGGUGAAAGCCACUACAUCGGACCCAUCUACCAACCUGGGGUCCUUUCAGGCCCGAACACGAAUGCUCGCGCGUACGUUGAUGGGAUGCCGCACGACGCCUGGCGCAACCUUCUACCGUACUACAUUGCACGGUACAAGACCGGCUCAGCUGCGAUCCCGAACGACAAGCUGAGCUACUGGUACCGCCUGACGACCGCCGCGGCCGGCAGCGCCAACGGUGUGACAGGCAAUAACUGCGCUUAUCAGAGGUGUUACAACCCGAACGAAAUUGUCCAGGACAAGGUCUUUGUGACUGCCCUUGUCAAGGCCCCGGCUGUAGUGAAGGUGCAGAUCGGUUCCAACCAACCUGAUACAUUCCAAGCCACUGUAGCAGGCGCGCGGCAUUUCACUACCCCGUUCAAUGGUCGGACUGGUCCGGUCAGGGUCUGGAUCGAACGGAACUCGCAGUCUGUCCUAUCUAGUACCGGUACAGCGAUCUUGGCACGUCCGGCAGACGGAAUCACCAACUACAACGCUUGGGUUGGUGGAGCUUGA